CUGGGCUGUGUGGCGGGAGGGAGUGUUAGCAUGUGGUGGGGUGUGUGCGCGACUCGGCGGCAGUACUCAAGGGGAACUUAAUAAUACUCACCGCCCACACUGUCUACUGCCCUCACUAGUAGGUCUUCCCCGCCGCCUCGCUCCCUCAAGUGACGGAUCACCACGAUGCUGUCUGGUGGUGCCGGGGGCCGCUCCAGGGACCUCACGCAGUGUUUAUAUACGAUGUGUUGACAGGAAACUGAGGCAAGGAUAUGAGAACAAACAUUGAUUUUAUUAGAUGACGAAAUGUAGUGCCUGAGUGAGGACUGUUGACCUCAAACUAAUAAUGACUUGAAGGAACACGAGAUAAGGAAGUAGGUGUUAGGAAAAAAACAGACAUAUGAAAAUAACAGUGAAGAAAAGUGAGACAGUGAUAAAGAUGAGGAGGUGAGAGAAGGCGGUAACAGAGGAUGAUGAAGGAGGUGAGGCAGUAAACUAGUGGUAAAGAUGAUGAAGGAGGUGAAGCAAUAACACAGUGAGAAUGAUGAUAAAGUGAGGAAGGGAGAAACACAGUGACCGAGAAACACAAAGCAGCCGAGGCACUCAGCGUCUCCACGUACCAGGAUGCAACACAGCGAGAUAUUCUUCCCGGUGGACAAGGCGAAGGACUUCGCCCGGAGGUAUGGCUCCCUGGACGAGCCCGGCGUCCACCCACUGGUCCACAAGAUCAUCGAGGAGGAGGACGAGUUCCUACCCUACUCCUCCCCCUCCAGCUCCCCUAGGUUCACUCGCCGAGGCAACAGGAGGGAACUCAAGAAAUUCCGGGAGUCGACAUGUCGCAGGACGCCUCUAAGGGGCCCCGGGUCCUGGUCACCUGAGAUGACCCGACCAGUCUUCCUCCGCUCUACAU